AUGGUGGACGAGCCGGGCGCGGACGUCCGUGGGAGCACCAGGGAGGGGCCAGAACCUCAGGAGCGGCGCCAGGCGGGCGCGGACCACGAACGGAACGCCAAACGCGGGUCCGGCCCCAGACAGCUGCCACGACCACAGAUGGUGGACGAGCCGGGCGCGGACGUCCGUGGGAGCACCAGGGAGGGGCCAGAACCUCAGGAGCGGCGCCAGGCGGGCGCGGACCACGAACGGAACGCCAAACGCGGGUCCGGCCCCAGACAGCUGCCACGACCACAGAUGGUGGAUGAGCCGGGCGCGGACGUCCGUGGGAGCACCAGGGAGGGGCCAGAACCUCAGGAGCGGCGCCAGGCGGGCGCGGACCACGAACGGAACGCCAAACGCGGGUCCGGCCCCAGACAGCUGCCACGACCACAGAUGGUGGACGAGCCGGGCGCGGACGUCCGUGGGAGCACCAGGGAGGGGCCAGAACCUCAGGAGCGGCGCCAGGCGGGCGCGGACCACGAACGGAACGCCAAACGCGGGUCCGGCCCCAGACAGCUGCCACGACCACAGAUGGUGGACGAGCCGGGCGCGGACGUCCGUGGGAGCACCAGGGAGGGGCCAGAACCUCAGGAGCGGCGCCAGGCGGGCGCGGACCACGAACGGAACGCCAAACGCGGGUCCGGCCCCAGACAGCUGCCACGACCACAGAUGGUGGACGAGCCGGGCGCGGACGUCCGUGGGAGCACCAGGGAGGGGCCAGAACCUCAGGAGCGGCGCCAGGCGGGCGCGGACCACGAACGGAACGCCAAGCGCGGAUCCGGCCCCAGACAGCUGCCACGACCACAGAUGGUGGACGAGCCGGGCGCGGACGUCCGUGGGAGCACCAGGGAGGGGCCAGAACCUCAGGAGCGGCGCCAGGCGGGCGCGGACCACGAACGGAACGCCAAACGCGGGUCCGGCCCCAGACAGCUGCCACGACCACAGAUGGUGGACGAGCCGGGCGCGGACGUCCGUGGGAGCACCAGGGAGGGGCCAGAACCUCAGGAGCGGCGCCAGGCGGGCGCGGACCACGAACGGAACGCCAAACGCGGGUCCGGCCCCAGACAGCUGCCACGACCACAGAUGGUGGACGAGCCGGGCGCGGACGUCCGUGGGAGCACCAGGGAGGGGCCAGAACCUCAGGAGCGGCGCCAGGCGGGCGCGGACCACGAACGGAACGCCAAACGCGGGUCUGGCCCCAGACAGCUGCCACGACCACAGAUGGUGGACGAGCCGGGCGCGGACGUCCGUGGGAGCAACAGGGAGAGGCCAGAACCUCAGGAGCAGCGCGAGGCGGGCGCGGACCGCGAACGGAACGCCCGAGACAGGACGGGCCUCAGACAGCUGCCACAGAUGGCGACCAAGUCGGGCGCGGACGUCCGAGGGAACACCGGGGGAGAGACAACACCUUACAAGCAGCGCCAAGCCACACCGCCACCGCAGCCGCAUCCUUGGACUCUGCGCGGCGCAGUAACCACUGUUUGUGCCCGUGCGGUCCGCUCGCGGCAGCCGCAGUUGAUGAUGCCCGCGGACACGUCCGGCCGCCGGCGGGCACGUACGCUAAAAGGGCCGCGCCGGGACGCCGACAGCUGCGCCGUGGCGCGCGUGACGUCACAGGCGCCGUGUCAACAUUUAAUGGUGCCCGCGCCGCGCGGCGCUGCGCUGUCGCGGUCUGCAUAA